AUGGACUGCAAACUAGAGCAGAGAGCGAACAUCAAAUUCUGCAUCAAACUCGGUAAAUCUGCAACUGAGACUUUUGACAUGAUUCGUUAUGUGUAUGGCAAUGAAGCAAUGAGUCGUGCGAGGUGUUUCGAGUGGCACGCACGCUUCAAGAGCGGCAGAACAUCACUGGAUGACGACAAGAGGUCUGGGCGAACUUCCACGAGCUCAACCCCCGAAAAUGUGGAAACAAUUCGGCGACUUGUGCAUGGGGAUCGUCGAAGAUUCAUUAACGACAUUGCUGCCAUCAUUGAUGUGUCAUACGGACCAGUGUAG